AUGAAUGCUACCCUAAAAGGGUUGAGGAGGAAGAGUCCCGCGCAGGUGCUGCUGGCUGUGAUAGGUAGAGAAGCAGUUUCUACAUUCAAGCGGAAUAAAGAGUACGAGGAGAUGGCGGAUGAGCAGUUGCCCGCCAACAUUGUCCGUAUCAUUCGUGAGAAUGCUAGGUGUGCGCCUUUUGUGGCUCAAUCAUUUCCCUCUGCGUCUACGGCUGCUGCUCUUUCCUUUACCUUGCUUCAGCUGCACCUUCUGCUACUCCCUACUUCCCCCACUCCCUCUGCUGCUGAUGCACCCGAAGUCUCCCCCCCCCCCCCCCCCCCCCCCCCUACUGCUGCUCCAGCUGUGGUUGUCCUUGCUGUCUGUGCUGCUACUGAUGUUCCUGGGCUGGGCUAA